GCACGUCCAUACCUCUUUUUUUUACCGGUGCACUUGGUAGACGUUUAUGUAUCCUGAUAAUCGAGUCUAUAGUGCAGGAAAUUGGUAGGUGAUAAUUCGAGUUAUGAAAGAAAAACUUGUUGAGGGGAAAUAACUCGCCCGAAACCAAUUCUAUAUCGAAAGAUAUAAUACUAAAAGGCCAAGAACCUCAGGACAAGCCGUGGCAAGUGGAUAAAAAAGAUAAAAUGACUUCCCUGAAAAAGUGGAUCGAGGAUUAUUGUCCGGUAGACGACGUUGGUGUGAAACAAUCUCGAAUUUUAUUAACUGGGUCAGUUGGAGCGGGAAAAUCUAGUUACGUUAAUACCAUCAAUUCCAUAUUUAGAGGCCAUGUGACUAGUCAAGCCGGUAUCGGGAGUGCUGAAAAUAGUUUGACUACCAUAUAUCGCUGCCAUCAAGUUCGUAAUGGAUCGACCUAUUUAAAGUUUCGUUUGUGUGACACCCCAGGACUGGACGACGCACACGGAAUAGGUGAAGGUGAUCUGGAAGCUAUCUUGGACGGCCAAGUUCCUGAUCGUUAUACGUUUCAUCCGUUUUCACCGAUCACUACAGAUAAUCCAGAAUAUAUUAAAUCACCAAGUAUCAAUGAUAAAAUUCACUGCGCAGCUUUUUUCAUUGAUGGUGGAUCCGUAGAUGUUAUGAAUGACUCCAUUCUCUCUAAAUUUAAACUUUUACAGAAACUAGCUAAUCAGAGAGGUGUGCCGCAAGUUAUUUUGUUGACCAAAGUUGACCAGAUUGGAUUAGAAGUGGAAGACAACCUCUCUAACCUAUUGCAUUCUUCUAAAGUAGUUUAUGUUGUAGACCAGGUAGCUCAGUUGACUGGUUUACCAAGGGGACAUGUUUUACCUGUUAAAAAUUACGAGAAAGAAACAGAAUUAAACGAAACUGUUGAUAAAUAUGCUUUACUUUCCUUAGAACAAAUGCUACAAUCUGCUGAUGAUUUCAUGUAUGGGAUACUCGACGCUUAAAACUGUAAUAAUGUUUUCCACAUCUAUUCUGUAGUGCAAUCAAAAUUCAAAAGUUCAUAACUACAGAAUGACAAUUAAUCAAUGCAACAUUAUGUGGACUUUUACCACUAUUAUCAUGUUCUGAUGGCGAUAAGUUAACAUUUUCGACACCCGUUCAGUAUUCACAAAGAUAUAAUGAAAUCGCAGCAUCCAGCAUCUUCUGCAGACGAUAAAAACAAGCCAAUGCCACCUGUAAGUGAAAUCUUCUGGGCAUGGACAUCUUAUCCACCUUUCAUAUGUUGGUUUUGUCUUCGUAAUUUUUAAAUAAUCAAUUUAUUACACAUUUUC